UCCAAAGUCUACAAGCAGACGUCCUAACCUGCAGCCAUGACUGAGCCACCGGUUAUAAUUUCGGAAGAUCAAGUCUCUCGUCUGCUACACUAUGGGGAGCUUGUCCCUCGUCUGAAGGAAGCUUUGGCCAAAUUUUCUCGAAGGGACGAGGUGGCCCAACCUGUGAGGUCUUCUUUGCCGUUGCAGAAAGUUAACGGACACAUGUAUUUGAUGCCGGCGUACAUGGAAAACGAUGGAAUCUUGAGCACAAAGUUUGUGGCCGUCUACGCCCGUGAGAAAGGUUCAAAACUGCCUGCGGUUCAAGCAACGGUGGUGCUGCUGGACCCCGAGAGCGGAAGCAUGAAGGCCGUGAUCGAGGGAAACGUCAUCACGUGCAUGAGGACAGCCGCCGCGUCGGCCAUCUCCGCUCAGUUGCUGAUGCCUGACCAAGCAAAGGUGCUGGCCAUCUUGGGAACAGGAAAACAAGCCCAGAGUCACUACAGUGUCUUCACUGAGAUGUUUUCAUUUCAAGAGGUGCGUGUGUGGGGCCACACGAAAGAAGGGAUGGACAGGUUUCUGAGCUCCAUCAAUGGUCCGGUUACCGUUUGCGACUCUGCCGAAACAGCAGUGAUGGGAGCUGACGUUAUAGUGACGGCAACCUUGAGCUCAGAGCCGGUGCUCUUGGGGCACUGGGUCAAACCGGGAGCUCACGUGGCAGCGGUGGGUGCUUGCAUGCCAGACUGGCGAGAGAUGGAUGACGUUCUGAUGAAAGAGGCGGUGGUGUAUGUUGACAGCAGGGAGGCAGCCAUGGUCGAGUCUGGUGACAUCAUUCUCUCCAGGGUCGGACAGUCUUUUUUUUCUUCAAGCCAUUGCUUCAGUUUAAGUGGGCUUUGUGCUGCCACUUCUGAUAGCAAUUUUGUCUGCGACGUCUUGGUUUUUCAGGCAGAAGUGUUUGCAGAGCUGGGAGAAGUUAUCAGCGGAGGAAAACCUGCAAUGAGAGAGAAGACAACAGUGUUUAAAUCACUUGGGCUGGGGAUUGAAGAUGCAGUGAGUGCUAAGCUGGUGUUUGACCAAUGGAAAUCAACAACCAACCAACCUUGAAGACACAUACCUCCGAUUCUAUUUUGCACCCAUUACUGUACCUGUAUCAUCGGUACUCAGGAGGUGGGGGGAGGCCUCCCUGGUGAGCUGGAGCCUUUCCAAACUGACUUUAGCCUAGAGGUGCAAAACACCCAGAACCUGCUGCCACUCAAGUUUAGGGCACUGCAUUGAAAACCAACCAAUUACCAUGCUGCAGUCAAUGCUAAUUAUUCAAAAUAAAAAUAAACAGACAUGUUUUGA